GUCCUGCGGAAAGAAGGGCGUCUGCAGGGAGGGAUUGGCGGAGGCUGUGCAGAAGAAGCUCCAGGCCGAAGUGGAGAAGGACCAGCAGGUGCCAAAAGGUAACUUCUGAAAAAGCUCUGCAAAGAAUACGUUGUGAGAGCUUUGCCCAAGGAGUGCUCUAAGUCUAAAGGGACUUCAAAAUACACAGCAAUGACAACAAGAAAAAAUAAGUAGUAAAAAUAUAUUUCAAGCUACAAACCUAUGCAGUUAAGAGGAGGAAAUAAGAUUGUGCUGAAAAAAGAGAGGCUUGGGAAAGCGAGCAGAAGGCUACAGCAAUACAAAGACUGUGCUGCUCAGGAGGUUAUAUCUGUGAACGCCUGGCAUAAUAUUUGAAUUAUAAAUAUAAAAGAAUGGCAAGUCCUCUACCUCCCUAUCCUAGAUCACACACAGGGGAGAAGUUACAUCAGUGUCUGGAAUGUGGGAAACAAUUUGAUUGCAAAAGUUCUCUUACUGUACAUGAACGGACCCACACAGGGGAGAAGCCAUAUGAAUGUGUGGAAUGUGGAAAGAGCUUCAGUCGGAGUGACAAAUUACGUUCCCAUCAAAGGACCCACACAGGGGAGAAACCCUAUAAAUGCAUAGAAUGUGGAGAAAGCUUCAGUCGGAGUGACAGUCUACGUUCCCAUCAAAGGACCCACACAGGGGAGAAGCCAUAUAAAUGCAUGGAAUGUGGAGAAAACUUCAGUCACAGUGGCAGUCUAUGUUCCCAUCAAAGGACCCACACAGGGGAGAAGCCCUCUAAAUGCAUGGAAUGUGGAGAAAACUUCAGUCACAGUGGCAGUCUACGUUCCCAUCAAAGGAAGCACACAGGGGAGAAGCCCUAUAAAUGCAUAGAAUGUGGAGAAAAUUUCAGUCGGAGUGACAGUCUACGUUCCCAUCAAAGGAAGCACACAGGGGAGAAGCCAUAUAAAUGCAUAGAAUGUGGAGAAAGCUUCAGUCAAAGUGGCAGUCUACGUUCCCAUCAAAAGACCCACACAGGGGAGAAGCCACAUAAAUGCGUAGAAUGCGGAAAGAGCUUCAGUCACAGUGGCAAUCUACGUUCCCAUCAAAGGACUCACAUAGGGGAGAAGCCAUAUGAAUGUGUGGAAUGUGGAAAGAGCUUCAGUCGGAGUGACAAAUUACGUUCCCAUCAAAGGACCCACACAGGGGAGAAACCCUAUAAAUGCAUAGAAUGUGGAGAAAGCUUCAGUCGGAGUGACAGUCUACGUUCCCAUCAAAGGACCCACACAGGGGAGAAGCCAUAUAAAUGCAUGGAAUGUGGAGAAAACUUCAGUCACAGUGGCAGUCUACGUUCCCAUCAAAGGAAGCACACAGGGGAGAAGCCCUAUAAAUGCAUAGAAUGUGGAGAAAGCUUCAGUCGGAGUUACAGUCUACGUUCCCAUCAAAGGAAGCACACAGGGGAGAAGCCAUAUAAAUGCAUAGAAUGUGGAGAAAGCCUCAGUCAGAGUGGCAGUCUAUGUUCCCAUCAAAGGACCCACACAGAGGAGAAGUCACCUUAAUGCACGGAAUAGGAACAGAGCUUUAGAAAAAGUUCAGCAUACAGUAGACAUCACAGAACUCAUGUACCUCUAGAGGAGACGGGCCUUUGAGUUUCCGAAUCUAUAAAAACACAUUGGAAGGAAAGAGGAAGGCCAGCACCUUGCUCUCUCUCCACCAUGAAUCGGAGUUUGUGUGGCCUUGGUUGACGGCUACUGGGAGCAGGUGUCACUCAGAAUGGCAGCAAGCUUGGAAGGGGUUCACCUAACCUCCUCCGCAAAGAGACCCAUCGCAGGCUUCUAGGAUGAUGUGUGAAGGUUUGCUGAAAUGAGCAGCAGCAGAGAUCUCUGGAUUAAAGGGUUCUGAAAAAGAAUAGCUCUUUGGUUGCAGAUAACGUCGUAUCUUCAUACUCCUGCCUUAUUUCUUGGCUCUUCUGCAUUCAAUGGCAUCAAUUGUUUCCCAUGCAUGUGUACUGUAUGUACUGUGAUCUGUCCUGAGUCCCUUGGUUGAAAUUUUGGGUGCUAGCCCUGUACUUUUAACCCUUUUCUGGACUUUGUUGUAUCCUGAAUCAUUGACUCUAAAUUCUGGACUGACGUCUAGGUUUCGUAUAUGGACUUGGACUUUGUUUGUAUCCCUGACUUUCUGGCUUGACUUUGGGACUCUAAAUUCGGUUUGUACUCUUGAUUUCUUGGUUGUUGUUUUAUCAACUCAGCUGAAUGAACUCCUGGCAUGUGACUGUUGGGACUGUGACCUUGGUUCUUGUUAAUUUUCACUCCUGACCUGUAUCUGCAGUACUCAACUUGUCCGCAAUAAUUGGACUCUUGACCUGCACUUGUAUUCAUUGUUCCUUCAACUGUGUUGCUCCAAUUAUUUUAGCUCAGUGGCUCCCAACCUUUUUUUAAACUAGGGAUCAUUUGACAAGGGACCACUCUCCAAAAUUAGUACCAGAAGGGUUAUAAAUCAGUUUUUGGUCAACUUUAGAUUUGGUUUGGUUAUUUGGAGUGAUGAUUCAGAAAAUUGCAUUGGAUAGACCACGUCAGCUCUCAUUCCUGAUAUGCCAUCCAGUUAGUCGUCAUCUGCUCGCCCACAGAAAACCAUAUUUAAUAAUCCUCAGGACUAUAAGAGGGUUUCGCGAGACCAGUCACUCUCAUUGUAAUGCUGUAGUAACUGUGAGGCUGUGAACCCUAUUUUAGUUCUUGCGGACCACUGGUGGUCCAUGGACCCCAGGUUGGGAACCACUGUUUUAGCUGGACUGAAGACUUUAGUUUUCCUAUAAAAUAAUAUGGUCUUGGCUUGUCUUGUGUUUGUUUAAUAAACCUCAGACUUUAUACCGAGAGAGCCCUGGAACAUGAGACCAUCAGCCUUGCUUUGUGUGUACUUAUCCCUGUGUAGAGUGAAACCCUUUCUGGAUAUGAGACUGUUCAAUCCCCACCUUUGGCAAAGGGUCCAUUAGGACACACAGUAUCCCUCCCCAACUGCAGAGAAUGGAAGACAAAAAAUGACUACAACGACUGAUGAAGAUUCAUGAAUCCGUUGAGAUGGACAUAUUAACUACAUUGAUGAAGUAUAGAACCGCAUUGAAAGGAAAUAAGAGUAAAUAGAGAUACAAAUCAUAUAGUGAGUGAGUUUUGUAAAUUAGCAUUUGAUGUCAGUUAGUUUUGUUCUUAUUGUGCAAGGUGUGUGUCCUUGUUCCCUUUAUAUUUGUUAAAUAGUCCUUUUUAAAAAAAAUGUACCAAAAUUAUUAUUUGUAUAAAAUAUUGUUUUUAAA